AUGAGUUGGAAUCUAGAUAAAGUGGACGACAGUGGAGACAUCAAAAACAAAAUAUUGUUCUCAGUUUUGGUGGUAAGUGCCAUAAUCUUCAUUUGCAUUUACAGUUGUGAGUCGUUCAAAAAAGUUGUUAUAAUCUACUUAAAAUGAGUAAAAAGGCCGAUGAGAACCCCUAGAGAGUCUGCUUGGGAAAAUUUUAUCAGGGAAUAAACAACUUUUUGUGAGGACGAGCGAUUGGUAUGGCAAAUGAUUAGCGUACCGCAGCUAAGAGUCAUAGACGCUUCUCGGUCGGCCAAGAGACAUUUGAGAAUUAAAAAAAAAACGCUACGGUGACCACGUGACCUAUACUACGGUGGUCGUGGAUGCAGAGUCCAGGGGCGAGUACGUUAGCCUGCGUUGCAAGCGUUUCCGUGCGGUUUCGAAGUUCGUUCCAUUUUUUGCUUGGCCAAAACCGAAAAUCCCGUUAGUAGUCGUUCCUUGGUCUUUCUUUGCUCCGAAACUUCACGAAAUCGCUUGCUACGCAGGCUAUAGCCGACCAAAUUUCAUGCGGCGUUUCCCGCUAACUUACUUUCGCUGUUAGUAAGUCGAAUUGACCUCCUUUAGAGAAGCAAGAGAUAACAUAUUUCUCUGUUACGAUCAAAGAUUAACCGUGACGAGGAGUGUACACAGCAUUUGACUUCCGUUGAGGAUAAAAAAAUUAAAAAGAGAAAACGCAGGGAAGACGUAAUUCCUGGAAAACUAAAAGUGUCAAAUUAUUUCUUUUCUAAAGUGAAAAACAAUCUAUGAUACGUCUUAAAACCAGUGAUUGUUAAAAGAAAUAGGAGAAAAGUUGACUCAGUUUAGAAUCACGUUGCAGCGACUACGCCACAAGACAGGUCUUCACAUGAUAGGCUUUGGCGCUACUGCGAAAGGUUAUUUCCAUGCAUGCGCACUGCUUCAUUUUUGGGCUUUUUUACUUUCGGCCGCCGUAGUAGAGGUCGCCGUGGCCUUCCUCAUGCACAGAACUAUUCCUCAAUCUCCAUGGGUAAGAGCAUGUAUCCCAUCAUACUCCGUGGGGUCUCUUUAGAAACAACGCCUUUAACUCGAACCAGUGAUGUUAAAAGUGUUUGUGUGCAUUCCGGUAGGUGGCAUACCGCAAGGUACAACACUCACUGUCAGAAAAGCAAACUAAGCUCAAGUAAAUCCUAGAUAUCCCGGAUGACGACAAGAUAGCAGCGAACGCGCAGGAAAUGCAAGACCGCAUUGCCGACUAUUUAAGGAUAACGGGCGCACGAUUUAAAAUUGACAGUGUCAAACAGGUGCGUUGAGAACUUAAGUGAAUAUUUUAAUGAACGCCGAAAAAGUGGAUGAUUAUUUUGGUUAAUUUGUUGUGGAUGAACGCAAAUAAUAAAUCCUUUCCAAAUAGCUGUGGAAGCAUCCUUAAGGAAGCAAUUGAUUAUUCAAACUCGAUUUUAAGGUGUAGAUUGUUUUGUGGUAUUUAAAACAAUGUCGACGGAGACAACGCCAAGCAAUAAUGAGGGAAAUCUUGGAGAUAUAAACUCAAUCUAUACAUUUUGUUUGACUUAGACAAGUUGUAUUUUAUGUAUUUUAUUUUGUAUUUUAUUUUACUUCAUAAGGAGGUUUUUAACAUUUCUUUUCUUUUUGGCUUUAAAGGAUGUAAGCAAACAGUUAUGGAGCACCUUGUACGAUUUUCCAGAAUUACAAAACUGUGUGAAGUUAAAAGAAUACAUGGAUGAGUGCGUUCGCUUGUCAUGGAUGCUGGCAGUCCAAGUUCCACCAAUGAGCAUUAAUUACGAAGCCACAGAGUUCUCAGAGAAACUUCACGGACGGUUCAUGACGUGUGACAUGACGUCUCUCGAAAUAAAGUAUCACGUUUGGCCGGCUUUGAUCGACUCGAAAGUCGGUGUUGUCCUUUAUAGGGGAACUGUAGUGACAUGA